UGAUUGGAGGACGGUUGGGGCAGAGUUAACACGUCUGAAAUAUAGAGCAGAUCGAUCCGCCGAUCGUCAGUGAAGACGAGCAGUUGGCGGAGAGGAAAGAUAAAUACAGCGAGGGUGAAGGUGGACAGUUUCUCCACAAUCCGGACGUCUGUUGGACUAAACUGGGAGUGGAAAAACUGCUUGAACGUACACUCAUUACCGCACUGGUUCAGUUUGAAGCCUCAGCUUUGGAGCUAAAGUUCACCGAGCGGUUAUUUUUUAAAAAACAAACUUUAACGCUAGCUGAAAGGACAGCCAUGCUCAACCUGUGCCUCGUGUUGAUUUUAUCUGCCUCCGUCUUUUCAGAGUCGCAGGUGAGGGAGACCGAGACAUGGAUGCCCAUGAAGAGCACGCAGACUGCCGCCAUGUUGACACACCAUGACGGCCUGGAGUCAUCAGGCUCCGACUUCGGCUUCACAGACGACGACGACAACGGCGACAGCGACAGCGAUUACUACACGGACACGCUGUAUGACGAUGAAGACGAGUACGCCGAGUUCUCUGGAUCGGGUGAUGGAGCAGCGACUGUGUCACCUGGCAGCGAGUCCAAGCCACCAGCGAAGCCUGAUGUGAACCACAACAAGAUCCCAGAGGUGGAGCGGCCAGUGAGGCCAACUGUCAACGAGGUGGACAUUGUCCACAACAGUAACGAAAUCCCUCUGCUGAGGAGUGAGACAGAGCCCAGCGAGGAGCACCCUUCCAACGUCCUCAUGUCCCAUGCCAGCGGAGACAGCAUCUUCAACAAGACCGAGGUCCUUGCUGCUGUGAUCACAGGCUGUGCUGUCGGCCUGAUGUUCGCCAUCCUCCUCAUCCUCCUCCUCAUCUACCGCAUGAAGAAGAAGGACGAGGGCAGCUACGAUUUGGGGAAGAAGCCCAUCUACAAGAAAGCCCCCACCACAGAGAUCUACGCGUAGACCCCGACCCCCUCCUCCACCAACACCAACACACACCUCACCUUAAACCCAGUCAGUGCCUCAUCAUCAUACCUCCUCCUCCUCACAUUUCUCCAGCUGAGUGAAGCUGGAUCAACAGAUCAGGAGAGAAGCCCCAACACCACCGUAGAUUGACUGACUCCUGAUGUACGCUAAUGUCAAACAAAUAAAAGGAACAGGAGGAGAGGACGAUUUCAGCUGCGGUACACAGUGAUAAUUUUUGUCUUGUGGUUGUUAUUUUGUCCCCGUGUCGAGAAAAACAACAGAACUUCCAGCUGAGGAGAGCGUUGGCCUCCUCUUCCUCGUCGUUUCUUACCUUCCAGUUAAAACACUAACACUGUGCAAUGAUGCCUGUCUCACUAUGGUACAGUCCAGUUAUUUAUUUCCCUCUCUGUCAUUCUCCUCAGCGUGUUUGUUGGACUGCAGCCUCCAAAAUGACUUUUAUGUGAACAUUUUUAUUAGAUUUUUUAAUACAGCUCCUUGUAAUGCAGAGAUUUCAUUUUUUUCUAUUAAAGAUCCCGACACAAUCGGAAAGAAUUGAAUUCAUGUUGUUGAAAUUCAUUCUGAUUGGAAACAGGACGCGUCCCUCUGAUGGUCCCAACACUAGUCAAACCAGGGUCAAAUCAUUUUCACUGCACAAAGUGCUGGCUUACAUAGUCCACUUUCCUUUAAACUUUCUGCCAUGUUUCCUUUCUGGAGAAAGUCAGGUCUGCUACUGAGUGUUAGACAAGUGAGCGAAACUGAGGUGGGAAAAGAAUUAGAAAUCCUGUAUGGACCAGAUCACACACACACACACACACACACACACACAGUGUAGGCUUUCAUGCCCAAUAGGGACAUUACAUAGGGACAUUGCUUUCAUUUCCUGCAGACUUACUCAAACCAAAGCCAUAACUUGCCUAACCCUAACCUUUACCCUGACCUUAACCUAAACUUCAAACUCAACCUCACCUUAAACCAAGUCUUCACCCUAAAAGUUAAUCAUUUCCCCAUGGGGACUUGCAUUUUGUCCCCAUAAGGCAGGUGAGUUCCCACGUGUAGCUGUGGAAACAGGUUUUUGUCCCCAUCAUAAAAACAUGUACACACAGACUCACCAACAAACGCUCAGCUCACACACGCGCACACACAUUCACACUCAAACUACUCUCAGUCACACACACUCUCUCACACACACACACUCAUAGACUUGUCCUCUGCUGGCUGUUUGCAGAGCACUUCAAAAGCCUGCGAGAUGUUUCACCUCUGUAAUAACAUCUGCCGUGGCUGCAGGGUCUGUUUUUCUGUUAUUACGGUGAACUCGACUGGAGUCGAACCAACAUGCUCCUACAAGGUGACACACCUACAUUCCACACACACAGAGCUCGGUCGAGUGUGACGGAACAACAACACCACAAUGACUGCUGCUGACCCUCUUUUCAUGCAAACAUUUGUGCUUAAAGGAGCAGUCUGUGUUUUUUGGAUGAGAUGAUGGAUAACACGUUGAUAACACGUUAAAUAUGAGGGUUCAGCCAGCAGCUGCUUAGCUUUGCCUGGCGUAGCACAGAGACUGGAAACAGAUGGAAAUGACUAGCUGUUGCAAUCACUAAUUACUGUUUCUUGGUUCUGACCAGCAGGGACUCCAGGGAGUUUCUGCUCCCAGCCAAGAAUUUAACAAGAUGUGAGGUGAUAAUUAGUGAGCUUCAGCUACAUUUGGGUGGGACUGGGCAAGGUGUUUCCAGUCUUUGUGCUAAGCUAAGCUAACACAGUUUCCAUUUGGCUAUGAGAGAAAGAUGUGGAACUGCUCCUUUAACUGCUGGUUUGUGACGUCACUGCACGGCUGACGACGGAGGCUGAGCUUUAUCCUGUCGUCAAGCCUUUCCUGUUGAUGGCUCUGGAAAAUGCUAAGUAUCUGUUCAGAGGAACAGAAGUUGUAGCUCUGAUACGACAAAUGUUGGUACUUCUUGUUGUUUCUUUGAUGAUGGUGUUGAUGCAUCCUCAAUAAGCUACAGUUUGUUGUUCUGUUGUCAUGUUGGGGUCCACAAGCACCCCAAUAUUCACUUAACUGAAGACAGACUGAUCUAGUGCGGGUUUGUCUACAGCCAUUAGACAGAACAAUCUCCUUGUGGUCACACCCUGGCAACAAACCUACCAAAUAUUUAAAUGCCAAAUUGUUUCUGCUGUUGUCUAUCUGUUUCCCAGCGGUAAUGUUCCUGUCAGUUACUGUAAAGGAGAAAAUGUUUUGAUACUAACUCAGCUCCUCCUCACUGUGUGUUUUCCUCUAGUAGAUUGACUUGUUCUCUUUUAUUUUGUAUUAAUUUAACUGUCAAAUUAUUUUAUUGCCUUCUUUCAGGUCGGGGUGUUUCCCCUUUGAAGCUGUUGUAUAUGUGAUUUUCAAAGUUUUAUAUACACUAGUUUGAAAUUUUCAGAGGCAAAUAGUUUUGAAACUUUAUUUUCUAAGAGUUUCUAUUAUCUUUUUAGACUUUGUUGCUUUUGUAUUUAUGUUGUUGAUGUAGAAGGAUUGCUUAUAUGGCUGGUGUGCUGAUGAGCCAUGCUGUCAGCAGCAGACCUGGAUUCAGUACUGCAUGGAGCCGUUUCAGUUUUUACAUCACUUGAGCUUAUGAAUCCACCCUUCGUAACCAAGUGGAGCAAGAAACAUUCGGUUCAAAGUCUUUACCUCCCAGGAAACAAAAGUUUAAUCGAGAAGACACUGAUGCUUGUGUAUCAGUAGUCACAGUAGCUCUGAGUACAUUAACUGGUUUGUCUGUGAGGGAGUGAAAACGCUGCAUGUCCAGUAGUCGUGAGCUCCAGGUCUGCUCCGUGAGCGUGGCAGAGAUGACGUAUGUUCUGCUGCUUUAUGUCACGUACACCACGUGUGAAUCACCAGUGGGGUGGAGAAGCCAAUGAAUCAUUGGUUUCUGCAUGCAGGUUCUGAUUUCUCAUUGGAAAUAAAGCUAUUUUUAUGCACAUUAACAUUUUAAA